AGAGCCCCCCCUCCCUAUGUUGCAUCCACGCCGCGCUUGAGCCUUUGGAUCUGGCUUGCGCGAUCUUGCAGAAUCCUAAACUUUGCAGAUCCGGCCAUGGCGAGGUUGCAAGGAACGGGUCCCAAGCGUGACAUGACCUCACAGCUCAAGAGCGGAAAAGAAGCCCAGAACUCAGCUCAUCCGGCAGCAAACGAAGAGGGGAUUCCAUUGGAGAAUGGCUUAGAGUUCCCCGAUGUAAUAAUAAAAUUGGAACAAGGAGAGGAGAAGUGGCUGUCAGGAAAUGUGGAACAAGAAAGGAAAGCUUUGCUCUCACCUGGCCAAGAAAGUGAAACUAUAGCAGAUAACACUCCAGAGUUUCCUGCUGGGAUCGUAAAGAAGGAAGAACAGGAAGUUCAGUGGGUGCUAUAUCGCCAGGCUUCUGAAGGAAAUGGGGCCUUCCCAGCUGCUCGUUCAGAAGAGGAGCUGACAAAGAACUACGCGGGAAAUAAGGAGAAUAAAUGUGCCGCUUGUGGGAAAAGCUUCACGCAACGGUCCAGCCUUGUCAGACAUGAGAAGACCCAUACAGGAGAGAAACCAUAUCAGUGUUUGGAGUGUGGGAGGAGCUUCAGUCAGAGAUCGAUCUUGACUCGACACGAGAGGACUCAUACAGGAGAGAAACCAUAUAAAUGUUCUCAGUGUGGGAAAAACUUCUGCCACAAAUCAGCACUCCUCAGGCAUGAAAAGAUGGAGGCUGGGGAGAGGCCCUACGAAUGUUCACACUGUGGGAAGGGUUUUAUUCAGAAGUCAAAUUUUCUCAUCCACGAGAGAAUCCAUACGGGCGAGAAACCGUACCUGUGCUCGGAUUGUGGGAAAAGCUUUGUCCAGCGGUGGCAUCUCCUCGUCCAUGAGAUGACCCAUAAGCAGGAGGCAUCUCAUGGAUGUUCAACAUGCGGGAAGAAAUUCAAUCACAGCUUAAGCCUUCUCAUCCACGAAAGAAGCCACACGGGGGAGAAAAUUCAUCAGUGCUCCGAUUGCGGGAAAAACUUCGCUCAGAGAUCCAGCCUUGUUCGACACGAGAAAACUCACACAGGGGAGAAGCCGUAUAAAUGCACGGAAUGCGGGAGGAGUUUCAGCCAGAGGUCCAUCUUGACCAGGCAUGAGAGGACCCACACGGGAGAGAAGCCCUACAUGUGCUCCGAAUGUGGGAAGUGUUUCCGUCACAAAUCGGCGCUCCUCAGGCACGAAAAAAUGGAAGCGGGAGAAAGGCCUUAUCGGUGCGAGCACUGCGGGAAGGGUUUCAUUCAGCGGUCGAACUUCCGGAUACAUGAGAGGGUCCAUAUGGGCGAGAAACCCUAUCAAUGCACAGACUGUGGGAAGCGGUUCCUUCAAAGGUCGCACCUUCUCGUCCAUGAGACAACGCAUAAGAAAGAGAAACCCUAUGAGUGUUUGAAGUGUGGGAAGAGAUUCCAUCACAGCUUAAGCCUUGUGAUCCACCAAAGAAGCCACACAAGAGAGAAAACAUAUCAUGGGAAAAGCUUGGUUGAUAAAACGAGUUUUAGCAGACACGAAAGUGUACAGCAAGGGGAGAAAUUGUAUUCCUGCCCCGGUGGUGGGAAACACUUUGGUUCUAGGUUAGCUCUCCUCAGACACAAAAGACCUCAAGUGGGAAGGAAGCCAUAUUGGUUCUCUCCCUGUGUAAAAAGCAUCAUUCCAAAAUUAAAGCUUCUUGUGGUUCCCAAGGGCCCCCAUAAUGGAUCAGAUUUGCACACCUGCUGCCACUGUGGAAGAGGAUACAGGCUGAAAUGUAAGCGCGUCAUACAUGACAAAAUCCAUCUAAGAAAGAAACCAUCUAAACGAGCGUGUGGAAGAAGUUUCAGCCAGAGGUCCAAUUUUAUUGCGCAAGAGAGGACACAUGUGGGUGAAAAGCAACACAAAUGUGCUGGCUGUGGGAAAUUCUUCAACAGCUGGUGGAACCUCUUAAAACAUCAAAAGUCCCACACAGGAGGAUUGGACUGUGCCAAGUGUGGGAAGAAUGUGAUCAAUAAACCAACUCUCGGCGUACACAAGAGGACCCACACCAGUGAAAAGCCCUACCAGUGCUUCAGCUGCGUUAAAGGUUUUACCAGCAAAUCCAGCUUGAUGAAACACGAGAGGAUCCACACAAGGGAAAAACCCUACAUCUGUUCAAAAUGUGGGAAAAGCUUCAUCCAGAAAUCAAACCUUCUCCAGCACGAGAACACCCACAAAAGAGAACCGGAGAAUCUGUUCUCGGAUUGUGGGGAAAGUUCCAGGUUGCACAUGAACCGGAUGAGCAAUUCAGGGAUGUGUGCAAAAGAGAAACCAAACCAAUUCAUCCCCUAUGAGGAACCAUUUCUUGUGGUCCACAAGGAAACCCAUGGAGGGGAGAAACUACUCGUGUUUGGGUUGUGGGAAAAGCUUUUCAUACAAAUCCAGCCUGAGGAAACAUGAGAGAACUCAUGCAGGAUGAAAAAAAGAAAAAUUAAAUCUAUGAUUCAAUCACUUUGCCUGCACACAAGAGCACCCACAUGGGGCUUAACUCCGGAAGUUGUUGGUGCUUCAUCCCUAGACUGGACAAUCCUUUGAUCGGGAUGUUAUAAGGUCUCCUACCUUAAGCAGGGGGCUGAUCUAAAACAGGGGUCUCCAACCUUGGCAACUUUAAGAUUUCUGGACUUCAACCCCUAGAAUUCCUCAGCCGGCGUACUUGUGGACUUCAACUCCCAGAAUUCUUCAGCCAGCAUACGUGUGCACUUCAACUCCUAGAAUUCCUCAGCCAGUAUAAUUGUGGACUUCAACUCCCAGAAUUCCUCAGCCAGCAUACUUGUAUACUUCAAUUCCUAGAAUUCCUCAGCCAGCAUACUUGUGUACUUCAAUUCCCAGAAUUCCUCAGCCAGCAUAUUUGUAUACUUCAACUCCCAGAAUUCCUCAGCCAGCAUAAUUGUGGACUUCAACUCCCAGAAUUCCUCAACCAACAUAAUUGUGGACUUCAACUUCCAGAAUUCCUCAGCCAGUUUUGCUGGCUGAGGAAUUCUGGGAGUUGAAGUCCACAAGUAUGCUACAAGUCUUAAAGUUGCCAAGGUUGGAGACCCCUGAUCUAGAAGACAUAAGAGGUUCCUUCCAGCCCUAUGAUCUCAUGAUCAAGGCUCUCAUUGUGGGAAAACUGUUAGCGACUGAACAAAGCUUACCAGACACUAGAAAUGUCAUGCUGGGCACUAAGACAGGCUUGGGGUUGUGUUUUUUUUGAUGAUGUGAAGAAAAAAUGGAGUUUGAGUUUCACUAGAUAUCAUAGGAAAUGCCUAGAAUGGUAACACUACCAUUUGCAUCUUCUGUUGUGUGGUCAAACCAUCCCUAGAUUGUAGGCCAGUGCUUCUCAACCUUUAAGAUGUGUGGACUUCCAGCUCCCAGAAUUCCCCAGCAGCCAUGGCUGCAUUCACAUCUGAAGAGCCUUAGAUCGUGGAAAUGUAUAGAAACUACAAUCUUCCUCCUGAAGAGAAUUUAGCGUAGCAGGGAAAAGAAAUCCCUAAUAGAUAGGUCGUCCUUGACUUACAACAGUUCAUUUAGUGACUGUCCAAAGUCACAAGAGCGCUGAAAAAAGUGACCUCUGACCGCUUUUCACACUUACGAUCAUUGCAGCAGCAUCCCCAUGGUUACAUGAUCAACAUUCAGUUGCUUGGCAACUGGUUCAUAUUUAUGGUUCAUGGUUCAUAUAUUUAUGACAGCUGCAGUGUCCUGGAGUCAUGUGAUCAACUUUUGCGACCUUCCAACAAGCAAAGUCGAUGGGGAAGCCAGUUUCACUUAACAACUGUGUUAGAAACUGUUAACAACUGCAGUGAUUCACUUAUCAACUGUGGCAAGAAAGGUGAUAAAAUGGGGCAAAAUUGACACCUCAACUGUCUCACUUAGCAACAGACAUUUUGGGCUCAAUUGCGGUUGUAAGUUGAGGACUUCCUUUAUCUGUUUUCUACUUGCAGGGUGUUCUUGCUUGUAUGGAGGAACAAAGUAUUCUCCAACAGCAUGAAGAAGUACUAUAUUGAUGCUUUAUGUAAUUAUGCCAGCUUCUGUGGCCUAGAGGUGGAGCUCUUGCCUCACAAUCGGGAGGUUGUGUGUUCAAUCCUAGAUAGAGGCAGAUGUAGGGUCUCCUGCUUGGGCUGGUGGUUGGACUAGAUGACCUGCAGGGUCCUUCCCAACUCUGUUAAAUCUGUUAAAUUUCUGGAUCCAUCACAGACCUUAUCCUUAAUUCUGAAUUUGGGGCAGGUUCUUUACACCUGCAUCGGUUACUUUUGUUUUGGCUAUCACUUUUAUUUAAUUAAUUUCUCAGAAAGAAAACAUCAGGACUGUUAGAAGUUCAGUUAUCCAUAUGGGAUGUUCGGAGAAAAUUCUCAAAUGAUAACAUUAGUUUUGGGGGACUGCAGACAUUGAGACAGCUGAUGGAAGAAGAAAUGGAGCAAAGAGAAAUUUUGGGAAUGAAGGGAAUCCUGUCAUUUGUAAUAGGGUUACAAUUAUUAAAUUAACUAAAUAAAAUUAUUAGCUAUGUACAAUGCCACAUUCAGUAUUUUAGUUGCGGUAUAGGAAUUUAGCACCCACCCCCCUCCUAGAAGAAUGAAAUAUUUUAGAAAAUAUUUAAAAGGCAGAAUAUAUUUCCCUGGAUGAGAAAUGGAGAAACAUGUUUUAAAGACAAAGCAGCUUCCUGACUCCCCCCCACCUUUGUCAAUGGGCAAUUAAGGCUUCAGCCAAGCUCACUCAAUCCCCCCAUCAUUUGCAACACAAUAGAACAGAAACUCACCACAUGGCAAGGCUCAGGCAAGCUUGAGGGACAACCUACAAUGCUAGCUAAGACCCCCACCCCCUGGGAGUCUGACAGCCAAUCAGGGUAUUCUUCCUGUGCCCCAGAAAGUUCAAAGCUCAGAAAAAGCAUAAAACCAGGGAGCACACAGGAUCUCACCCUUUUCUGUUCAGGAUCUCAAGCCAUGUGAUCCUGACCACCAUUAAACCAUCUUUCCAAGCACUCUCCAUGUUUCCAGUGUCUUUGUCCCCACUUGGAACUGAACCCAGAUGGAUAUUUCUUCCAACAGCGGGACAGUGGGAACCAGUAAAAAACACUCUGAUUGAAUUCACACACACACACACACACACACACCCCAAAAUCCUUUUGUUGAAGAGGAUCCAAUCCAUAUUGAGAAAAAGGCGGGAAUGGACAAAGCCUUUUCUGAGAUACUGAAUCAAUUUUUCCUUUUCUUGAUCUAGAUCAGCUUUGCCUUGAAGGAGACACACAAUCUCAACUUGACUUUAAAUCUAACCUCAGCAAUUUAACAUACUGUAUGUGGACUUCCACUCCCAGAAUUCCCCAGCAUGUUGACUGGGAGAAUUCUGGGAGUUAAAGUCCACACAUCUUUAAAGCCGCUGAGGGUGAGAAACGUUGCUUUAAUGCCAUAUUUAGAGAUGGGAUUUAGAGAUCCGUCAAUGCCACCAUUUCAAAAAUGAAGUAGAAGUGGAGUAUAUCUAUUCUAUUCAUCCCAUACUUUCAGCUCUCAUAUUUGAUAGGUUGCUAAAACCUUUGUUGUUACAAUGAUGAGUUUAUUCUAAAAUUAGUAGAAGGUGGUUUUUCUUAUUUUUUGUCACUGUAAGCUGCACCAAGGCUCUAAUUAUUAAGAGUCAUAAAUAUUGUUGAUGAAUAAAUUUAACAUAUUUAACAUCAUUAAAAGAAUAUAUGUUUUGGGUUUUACAGCUUGCAAGUGCUGACGGAUAGUUUCCUCCAUACCUUCAGAUGUAUUUCAGGUAUAUUAGUGCAAAAUUGGCAAACAAUGUAUUUUUUAAAGGAAUGGUUGCAAAUUGGGAGAGGGAGCAGUGGCACUUUUGGAAAUAUUAAGCAUUAUAUUGGAUUCCAGGAAUAUUCCUUUUCAUUCCAGUUCUUGGAACAGUGUUUCUCAACCUCAGCAAUUUUAAGAUGUGCAAGUCCCAUAAUUCACCAGUCUUAAAAUUGUACAAUUCCAAGCCUACUAGGAAAUUGUGUUGGUGUUGUGGACUGCCAGCUCCCAGUGGAGCUGGCAACAGACUCAGAUGAUGAUGAGGUUGGGGAAGAACUUGGGCCAGUUCUGGAGCCUGGGGAAGGCUCUGAUGGAUGCUCAGCGUCGGACACAGAGAUAGAGCCAGGGCCAUCUGGCAUUUCCCAGACACUGGAGAGGCAGCUGACUUUGGAAUCAGAGAUGAGUGAGGAGGAAGAACAGCUGGGGCCUGUUCCAGAUGCAUGUAUGCGCAGAGCUGAUAGGAGAGAUGAACAACGGAGGACAAGAAGUCAACUUGGGAACCAAAACAAACAUGGACACUGAAUGGCCCCUCCCUGGCUGGGGAAGAAAUAGGUGGAAGGGGAGUGGUGGUCGUAGCAGACAACCGUUCGCAUUUCUGGAGAUUUUGCUCAUUGUGUUUCGUGCGACAAAGACUGCCUUGCCAGAACGGUAAGGUAAAGGUAAAGGGUCCCCUCGCACAUAUGUGCUAGUCGUUCCCGACUGGGGGGGUGGGUGCUCAUCUCCGUUUCAAAGCUGAAGAGCCAGCGCUGUCCGAAGACGUCUCUGUGGUCAUGUGGCCGGCAUGACUAAACACCAAAGGCACACAGAACGCUGUUGCCUUCCCACCAAAGGUGGUCCCUAUUUUUCUACUUGCAUUUUUUAGGUGCUUUCGAACUGCUAGGUUGGCAGAAGCUGCGACAAGUAACGGGAGCUCACCCUGUUACACGGCACUAGGGAUUUGAACCGCUGAACUGCCAACCUUUUGAUCGACAAGCUCAGCGUCUUAGCCACUGAGCCACCACAUCCCUUUUUGCCAGAACUGUGGUUUGCUCAUUUGAACUAACUUAAUUUGCAGCAAGCUGAUAAGGCCUAUUGCUUCACUUAACUCCUUGCAGGACUCUUGCCUGGACUUUGUGGGUGAAUGCAGUUAAUUCACAAGGUGUAAAUAAAAGGGUUUUUUUUUUGCGAGGAGCCUGUUUCUUGCUUCUGUGAAGGCUGGGUCAGAACAGUUGGUGCCUAUUUCAUUGGACACCAUUCUAAAUAUGAGAAUUAAAAUUCCAAAUUUUGAGAGCAUGUUGCAAGCACUGCCCAAAAUGUCUUAUUUCAGUGGGUCUUCAGUGGAUCAUGUCUCCUAUGAUAAACAUGAUUAUGUGCCAUUGAGUUGCUGAUUUUUAAGGACCACAUAGAUGGAUUUUUUCCUAUGGUGAUAUGGCCCAAACCCGGUUCUUUAGGUCUUCAAAUGAUGCCCCCAUUGCUGCAGUAUCUGAGUUCAUCCUCCUUUUCUUCUCUUUCCCUCCUCCUUUCCCAGCAUCAGAGCCUUUUCUAGACAGCUGGAUCUUUGCAUCAUGUGAUCAAAUUAAAAAACUAAUAGUUAAUAAGCUCCCUGUAUCCUGGUUUGUAUGUUUGUGUAUGUACCGGUGUAAAUGCAUGUAUAACUGGUUCGCUCGGUGUGCACGCACUUGUGGGCUUGCCCGUGCGAUGCUUCUGUGCAUGUGCAGAAACAUCUGGGUGGAUGGGCGGAGCCUCCCACCGCCGCUACGGGUUCGCCUGAUCUGAGUCAAACCGGUAGCAACCCACCACUGAUGCAUACACAAACCAGGAUUCAAGAGGCCUAUUUGCAGUGAGAUUUUUUUUUAAAAAAAAUUAUCUUUGAUUAGAAAACCUCUAGCGCAAUUGUUCUCCAAACUCUUUUGAUCCCCAAAAUAACACCUGGAAGAUCAUCAGUGAAUUAAAAAGAACAACGGCUGCCGCAUGCAGAGAUCAUCCGGCAAAUGUAGGUAUGCUCACUUAAGGUGAAGGCAAUUUUCAUUUCAUACACCAAGAUUGCAAGCAACUGUUUCUGACAGGCUCGGUGUAUAAAUGCAUAGUAUUUAAGAUCUAUAGGGAAUAUUCACUAAAUUCUGUAAGCUACAACUUCAAUAGUAAAGUUGCUAUAUCCAAAUUGGGCUCACCCAAUAUUCUGUUGGUAUUUUCAAAUUUUUCAUAUGGGUGGACUUCAACUCCCAGAAUCCUCAGUAAUAAGCAUUUACUAAGGAACUCUGGGAAAUGAAGUCCACACACUUGGAAAUUGCCAAGAUCAGGACACAAAGCUCUAAAUUAGGUGAGCAGCUAUGGCAACUUUAUGACCUGUGGACUUCAACUCCCAGAAUUCCUGAGCCAGCUAUACGUCAAUUCUGAGAUUAUUAUUUUUUUUUACAUUUAUAUCCCGCCCUUCUCCGAAGAC